AUGGACGCGGAACGCGACUUGCCCGAGAAGAGGAAUCCUCUGGUCGAGGAUCAUCACACCCCACCACUCGAGAUUCUUGUCGAGAGGCGCCGAUUGGGACAGACGGAGCUCACAGUGAAGGCGGGCCAAAUUGGCACCUCGAAUGCGACAAAGCCCUCCAACCUGGGCAUGUUCGACUAUGCUCACUUGCGUGUGCCUCUCCCCAAAGACCUGCAAGGAAGUGGUAUCUUCGCUCCGUCGCGCCGCAACCAGUCGUACCCGGAAGCUUACUUUCUGAUGAGACGCUCCAACGAUGGCUAUAUUAGCGCGACUGGCAUGUACAAGGCUGCUUUCCCCUGGUCGUCACUCGAGGAGGAGGAAACCGAGAAGAAGUACAUCAAGUCGCUCCCAGAGACCGACAGCGAAGAAAUUGCUGGCAACGUCUGGAUUCCCCCAACCUCAGCUCUGACUCUCGCCGAGGCCUACGGUAUGCGUGCCUGGAUUGAGGCCCUGCUCGACCCCGAGCCUAUCCCCAAAGGAACUCACGACCCCAACAAGAAAAUCGCAACACCUCCUCGAUUCGUCAUUCCCACCUCUGAAGCAACCACUCUCCCUCCUCCAACAGAGACCACCACUCGCCGCCGUACUCUUCGUUCCGCCUCUCCUGCAAAGGCUCCUCCUACUCCUAGCCGUAAAAUCGCAACACCCAGGAGGACCAGACGCGCAAAGCCCGCAGCAACUAUUACGCUCGCCCCUACUGCCGAGAUUAUCGAGGACUCCGCUGCACUAGAGACAUCGCUUGAGCCCGAGUCCGCCAAGUUUGACUCCAUCAUUGCCUCUAGUGAAGCUGCCGCCAAAGCAGACGCGGAAGCCGAGCUGGAGGCCGAAAUCCCUGUCACUCUCAGUGCUCGCUCUGACGACACGGUCAAGGUCGACAUUGAGACCAUCAUCACGCCCGCAGUCAACGGAGGCACCCCCACUGAGAGCAUCCACGCAAGCAUUACUACUCCUGCCAGCCACCCCGACCUCGCACAACCGGGUGAUGCUCAAGAAUACCUUGACCGGGCCAAGGACGCCAUUAAUGCCGCGCGCAAGCUGACUGCCAGUCGUACCCCUGGCAAGAAGCGCAAGGCCCUCGAGGCUUUUGAAGAUGAUGACGAGCAGCUGAUCGAUUCCUUCCCGGACUUCGACCCAGUUGGCUCAUCUGCCGCACUCGCUCCUGCAGAGGUCGACGAGCGCCCGGCCAAGAGACAACGUUUCACCGAGAUUGAGAUUCGUAAGGAGAAGAUCAAGAAGAGAGCAACGUUGGGCAUAUUGACCACUAUGGCUAUGGGUGUUGCAGUACCAUUUUUGGGAACCUACUUCCAAUUAUACUGA